AUGAUCCGGCGCGUCUCCUAUGCGCUUUGCGCGCUGGCUCUCAGCUCCUGGGCCACUGCAGCCCCGCAGCUGAAUGCUCGCGCUACAGGCAGUGUCGACUCCUGGUUCGCAUCUGAGACCACGGUCGCCCUCGAUGGCAUUCUUGCCAACAUCGGGGCGGAUGGAGAGUUCUCCAAGAGUGCUAAGUCUGGCAUCGUUAUUGCUAGUCCAAGCACUGACAACCCGGACUAUUACUACACCUGGACCCGCGAUUCGGCUUUGACCAUGAAGAUUCUUGUUGAUCUCUUCGUCAACGGCGAAUCGAGUCUCCAGACGGUGAUCGAGGAGUAUAUCAAUUCCCAGGCUUACCUGCAGACGGUUUCCAACCCGUCUGGUUCUCUCUCGGGCGGAGCAGGUCUUGGAGAACCGAAAUUCAAUGUGGACGAGACGGCGUACACUGGCAGCUGGGGUCGUCCACAGCGGGAUGGACCUGCGUUGCGAGCGACCGCUCUGAUUGGCUUUGGUAACUGGCUGAUUAACAAUGGCUACUCCACCUACGCGACGAACAUCAUUUGGCCCAUUGUUCGCAAUGAUCUGUCCUAUGUUGCUCAGUACUGGAACCAGACUGGCUACGAUCUGUGGGAGGAAGUCAAUGGGUCUUCGUUCUUCACUGUUGCGGUCCAACAUCGGGCACUUGUGGAAGGCAGCACCUUUGCUAAGAGUGUUGGCUCGUCUUGCAGCUGGUGCGAUUCUCAGGCUCCGCAAAUCUUGUGCUUCAUGCAGAGCUUCUGGACUGGCUCCUAUAUGCUUGCCAACACCAACAGCGGCCGCAGUGGCAAGGACGCGAACACCGUGCUCGCCAGUAUUCACACUUUUGAUCCCGCCGCAGGCUGCGACGACACGACUUUCCAACCUUGCUCCCCGCGUGCGCUGGCCAACCACAAGGUCUAUACUGACUCUUUCCGCUCGGUUUACUCGCUCAAUUCUGGUAUUGCUGAGGGCACUGCGGUUGCAGUCGGCCGCUACCCUGAGGACUCGUACUACAACGGUAACCCUUGGUUCUUGACCACCCUUGCAGCCGCUGAGCAGCUGUACGAUGCUAUCUAUCAGUGGAACCGUAUUGGGUCCAUCACCAUCACCAGCACGUCACUUGCCUUCUUCCAAGACCUGUACAGCUCCGCGGCGGUUGGAACCUACUCCUCUUCCAGCUCCGCCUUUACCUCCAUCAUCAGCGCUGUCAAGACCUAUGCUGAUGGAUACGUGAGCGUGGCUGAAUCUCACGCUAUGACCAAUGGCUCUCUUUCCGAGCAGUAUGAUAAGACAUACGGCACUCAGCUGUCUGCCCGAGAUUUGACCUGGUCCUAUGCUGCGGUCCUGACGGCCAACUUGCGCCGCAACUCGGUUGUGCCUCCUUCUUGGGGAGAGACGAGCGCGAGCAGUGUCCCCUCUGUCUGCUCUGCCACCUCUGCAACGGGUACCUACAGCACCGCUACCAACACUGCUUGGCCAAGCACGUUGACCAGCGGUAGCGCUGGCACCGGAACCACCACCACUACCACUAAGGCUGGCAGCGGUAGCACUACCACCACCACCACCACUACAAGCAAGACUUCAACAACAACCUCAGCCUGCUCCACGCCCACAAGUGUCGCAGUGACAUUCGAUGUGAUCGCCACCACCACCUACGGAGAGAACGUGUUCAUUUCCGGCUCCAUCUCUCAGUUGGGCAGCUGGGACACCAGCAGUGCAAUUGCAUUGAGCGCCAGCAAGUACACCUCAAGCAACAACUUGUGGUAUGCCACGAUCAGCCUGCCCGCAGGCACUACCUUCCAGUACAAGUAUAUCCGCAAGGAGACAGAUGGGUCCAUUGUUUGGGAGAGUGACCCUAACCGGUCUUAUACCGUUCCCUCGAGCUGUGGAGUGAGCAGUGCCACUGAGAGUGAUACUUGGCGGUAAUCGAGCUUGACGGAGUCUUCGAUUGUGGGGACUAUCAAGCUUGUUCGAAAUAUAUAGCUAUAACAAUGGCG